AUGCCACAAAUAUUAUUUCUGCGUAAGUAUGUGAAACAUAGGAUUGAUGCAUUGGACAAAGACAAAAUGACACAUAGCUACACAACAAUUGAGGGUGUUGUUUUGCUGGACAAAAUUGAAUCAAUUGCUUAUGACAUCAAGUUUGAGGCCACAGCUGAUGGAGGAUGCAAAGGUACAAUUGUGAGCAAAUAUUUUCCAAAUGCGGGUGCUGAAAUUAAGGAAGAGGAGAUUAAGGAAGGCAAGGAAAAGGCUGCAGCUCUUUUCAAGACUGUGGAAGCCUACCUAGUUGCAAAUCCUCAGGCGUACGCUUAA